AUGAUUUCUCAACUUCUCAAUUCAGGAUAUACUAAUAUGACAGAAUUGAUUGAACUUGUUGUACCUAUGAUAUGGGCAUAUGUUGAUGAUGUCAAGUCAUGGUUUGAUGAUUCGUUUUGGAUGAGAUUUGCGACCUUUCCUGAAGUAUGGGUUGCAAGUUCAUAUAAAGGUUCAUCUGGUGAAAUAACGCCAAUGAGUUAUAUUGGUCAUCAUCAACGUAAUCAACAAACAUGGCUUGAAACAAUGUACACAGCAUCAAAAAGACAUAGAGUAAAUUUUACUGGUGUUGCUGUUACUGGUUGGUCUCGUUAUGAUCAUAUGCUUGCACUAUGCGAAUUUAUUCCAACAUCUAUACCUUCACUUGCAUAUUCUCUACAAACAAUUGAACAUGGACGUUUAACUGAUGAAUUGAAUGAAACAAUAUCUCGAACAUUAUUAGGUUGCUAUCAAAUGCCAUUAUGGGAACGAUCAGCAUUUGCAACAUUUAUAGCAUGUAAAUUUCCAGGCCAUGAAAUGUAUGAAAUGAUGCAUCAAUAUGAUAGUAUUAUGCGGCAACAUCAAGAGACUAUGGCAUUUGUGCGCUUAUUCACAACAGAUAUUCAUUUACGUCAAAAUUAUAUCCAUUAUAAACGUGCUGAAGAAUCUCUUGAACGUUUACUUUCUCUGGAAAGUCAAAUGAUUCAUUUUAUUGAUGCAUUUCAAAAUGCAUGUUUAGUGUUCUUUACAGAUGAUAUAGGUCCAGAAUGGUUACAAACUUAUUUGAUGCAUACAUUUAACGAAGUUCAACAACGUGUCAGUUUUCUUGAUAGCUCAUUAAAAACACAAUCAUCAUGGUUGCAACGUCCGCUACCAAAAAAUACUUCCAGAAUAGUUGUCAAACGACGAAAUAUAACAUUUAAUAGUUUAAUAAGGUUCUCUCAAUAG